AUGCCACAAAAUAUAGAUAUUCAUGGUUGGAAAAAGAUCAAAAUAUAUUUGCCAAAACCGCAGCGACAGUGUGAUUGUCAUAUAAAUGAUCCGCCUCCCUGGACUGGUGAAAUUCACGGUUUGAGUCAAGCAUUGAUGAGUAAGACUGUACCUAUGAGAGCAUUUUGGUGGAUCGUUAUUCUUAUUUGUUUAUCACUCGGCGCAACCACUACUAUUUUAGUUGUUUUGGAGUAUAUUCAAGGACCAACAGCAACAUCAACAACUAUUCGAUUGAUGAAUUCAAUGGAGUUUCCCGCGAUAACUAUAUGUCCAAAAGUUCCUGAUUCGUUCAAUAUUUCUGGGAUUCUUUCUGAUGUAAAAGAAACUGUGCCCGGAAUAUCAGAUGAGGUUGCAGGUGAUUUGAUUGAGUAAGUUGAAAUAAAAAUUUAUCAACAAUUCCGAAGCUUAUUUAGUUCACAUUUUGUAGAUUGUAUUUUUUUUCAUUUAUCCAUCACGUUUUCUAUAAUUUUAGAACGUUUCAUUUUUCCCGAUAUUUUCGAAUCAAAAUAAUUAUUAUGAAUUAUUGAUUUACAGGUUUUUUGUUGCUGGAAGCGGACUUGAGAACAUGAAUGAUGUAACCUAUUUCAAUAGAACAUAUCUCAGUCAUCUUAACAAUCUUUAUAAAAUCUGGUCAGAAGGAUAUAGCGUCGAAGGGUUUUUCAAUAUUAUUCAACAACGAUACGGGUAUCAAUGUGAAGAUCUAUUUUAUGAAUGUCAACUCGCUGGUAAAAUUCUGGAUUGUUGUAAUGAUCUAAUGGUUAAACGAGUCGUAAUGCGAAGAGGUUUAUGCUAUCAAACAAAACCAGAUAUCAAUCAAACUGAAGCUGAUGAUAUUGGAAGAAUGGUUUUCAGUAUGCGAGCACCUUCAAGUUUCACAUCAAAAGAUAGUAAUUAUACACAAUCACAAUUAAUUGCGUAUAUCACAGAUAAUCAUAAUGUUGUGACAGAAUUUCCAAGGUUUUAUAUUUAUCGAAAUGAGUGGAACCGCAUGAAGUUUACAGCACGAUAUAUCGAAUUAAUCAAAAAUAAGGAUGUAUGCACAGAUAAGGUAAACAUUUUGAAUGGCUGAACAAAACAGAAAAUUCAACAUUAUUUUUAGAUUUUUGGGAGAGAUGCCGAAUGCAUGGUUAGAAAAUGGUUACUAUCUAAUAUAAUUAUACCAUUUAAUUGCACAUUACCAUAUCUUGAUGGAAUUUCUAAACUUCCACCAACAAAUGGUGUUUGUAAACCAGACGUUAUAGCUGACAAUUAUCUGGAUAAAAUUCAGUAUGUUUGGAACAGUGCGGUUGUAAAUGAAGAGGUGAGAACUGAAAUUGACACAUCCUAAACAAGAAAAAGGAUCAAAAUGAAUAAGAUUAAAAUACCAAGAAGAGCCGUUUCGACUUUAACAUCUGACGGCAAAAGACCUAAUUUUUCGGUGUGAUGCCUCUUUUCUGGACUUCAAGUAUUGAACCUAAACUCAAACCUACGCGCAAAAAAGGAAGAAAAUAAGAAAAAAAUGAGGAAACCUUUAGGUGAUUAAUAAAAACAUGAAGAGAAUAGGGGACGUAAUAUUAGAGAAGUAGAGAAGGUGAGAGAAUGUAGAAAAUGUGGAGAGAAUUUGAGAGGAAGGAGACGUAUAUUCAAAUUAAUUUAUUGUGUACUUACUUGGAUGAUUAAUCGAUCGAAAGUAUCAUUUCUCACAUUCAGUAUUAUAUUCAUUCAUUUUCAAUAUUUAUAUGCUUUUUGUUUUUAUUCUUUCCGGUUCUUAGAAAAAUAUAUGCAUACAUAUUUAAUUUAUUUCAUUCACAGACUAGGAUUUUCUGGUUAUUUGUUUUUUGUUCGGAAAUUGAAUAUCUUUUUGAACCAGGAUUAAGAAUUAUUCGAGCGCUGGAUGAAAGCAUCGACUUUUUUCAAUCAUUCUUUGGAAAAGUUUUUCAUUUUUCUUAAUUGAGAAGAGGCGUACCAGUUGCCGUAACUUUAAUGAAAAAUUCAAAAAGUUUGUUAUAGUGAAUGUUUUAUAAGGUUUUGAAGUUUGUCUUCAGAUUUUCAUAAUAUUAUUCCAAAAAUGAAUAUUACUUUUUCAGUAAAAAAAGUGAGCGUGUUCUUUUGAAAAAAUGUAGUUUCUCACAAAUGUGCUCAGUACAUAUUCCUUUAGUCAUGUGCUCUAGAACAUUGGAUUAUUUUCUGAAUAUUCUGACUUUCGAAAUGAACACCCACUCAAAAUUAGGGCUUAUAGAAUAUUCCUCCACAUUUCAUGUUUUUGUCAUAUGAAUGAUGUUAUAAUAGAGUUUUCAAUAAUUUUGAAAUAAAUUUUCCAACGCUAAAAUCAUAUUUAGAGGAUUUUUUUUCAAAAUCAUCAUCAUAUGUUCUGAAUUAUUUUGAACAUUAAAAACUACAUUUUACUGUAACUUUAUAUUUCCCACAAUUUUAUAUAUUUUCACACGCACUGGGAAAAUUCUUUUUGAAACUCUUGAUUACUGUAGAUUGAACUUUUGGAAACAUAUAUAUUUUGAAAAAAUUCAAUUUCUGUUCUGAAAUUUAAAAAAUUAUUUUUCAUUGAGUCACCAAAAAAUCAAACUUCUUUUUUGCAUAAUUUGCUUGAAUUUUUGAAAUCCCCAAAUUAAAAUGCUAAGCUCCAAAUCAGCCCACUGAUUACGAUAGCUUUGUUUGCAAAUGUUGAUCUUUGGGUUCUAACCGCCCACUUUUUUCCAUAAUAUAAUCACAACCACACAACCUAAUUAUUUAAAAAUAUUCUUCAUUCUAUUUUUUUCAAAAACGAAAAAAAAAACAAAAAAGCAAACGAAAAAUCCAAUUAGUUUGUCUGAAAAUAUUCUCAUUUUCUUCUCAUCUGUUUUCUAUUUUCCCAUCCAUCGCACACACUUUUUUUUCGAAAAAACUUGUCAUUUUUCCAAAAAGGCAUAUGUCAAUUGAUGAAUGAGUUUUGGCCCAUUUUUCUUUUCAGUGUACACCGGGUUGUCGCCGUUGGGAUUAUCAAACUACAGUACAACAAAGUCAAACUCUAACCCCUUUUGAAGAUUAUACAUUCAAUCUUGAAGUGUCGUUCAACGACUUACAGGUUUGUAUAUAUUUUACUUCAGAGAAAAAUAAUAUUUUUUCAAAUUUUUUCAGUAUGAAUACGUAAAAGAAGUGUACACAACAUCGGUUCCUGGUUUUAUGUCACAAAUUGGUGGCCAAUUCGGAUUCUUCUUGGGACUUUCAAUUAUCACAUUCAUCCAAAUGACUUUAUACGGACUUCAUAGCGCGAUUAUGUUCAUAAAACGACACAUUCAAAAAAAGUUUCCGUUCUGUAAAGUGCACCCGGUAGAUGAAUGUGAGUCAUUGGUGGUAGGCAGAAUAGAAACCAUUUGAAUAUGUCGGCUAGAAUAAAGAAAUCAUGUUGUUUUCUCAUAGAUUUUUUGGGCGAGUUGAGUCAGAGGGAAGUUAUCUUUCUUUUCUUUGAUGAUAGGAUGAGUUAUAUGAAGUAACUUUUGAAUGAGCGGAAACCAAAUACAAUUUGAAUCGUGAGUAAAGAACUACAUCCUUUCGAGUCAACAGAACAAUGAGAUAAAUGAUGAAAAUUGAAAUUUUGAUUGAGAUUAAAAGGUUUCCAUGUAAAAACAAUAUUCACACACUUCCAGAAAGUUGUAAGAGUAUUUUCAGAUUGUCAGAAAUGUUGAAACCUUGUUAGUUUUUUAAAAGAUUUCUCUUGUAAUUCUGAUAUUUUAAACAUGAAAUUCAUUUUUCCUUGUCUUUCAAAUCUAUAAGAAAUUAUAAAAUGCGUUUGAAUGUAACGCUUAUGACUGUGAGUUGUUCGAAAAAUUUUUUAAAAAUGACAAAAUUUUUAUUUCUUGCUAAAAAAUAAUGAAGAAAAAAUCUCUGCAAAACAAACCAUAUUUUUAGUGAGCUGCAAAGUGAAAAAAACGGAAAUUGUCCUAACAACCAAGAAAACAGAUUUUCAAAUAUUCAAAAUGUUCCAGAUCACGCGAACACUUCAACAAUAACCAAUUCAAACACCAACUAUCCACCAGAAAAGUCAAUAUCCAAAGAGCACAUUGCAACAUUGAGCCAACGAGUUAUACAUACAGUACCCGCUUCUCCGGUGUCAACAAUCAUCGAUUCGGUGGAUCUUCCCCCACAUUGGGGCACAAGAAAUAUUGACCGUCAAAGAGAUAAUCCAAUGUUUUCUUCUUCUCACUUACGGAGUGAAUAA